AUGAGGUUCACCCAGGGAUCUCUGCUUCUUGUGCUGCUGGCUUGCAGCCUCUCUCCAGUCCAUGGUGUCCUGGAGACCUAUAACACAAACUUAAAGUGUAAAUGCAUCCGAGAGACCUCCAACUUUGUCUCCAUUUUGCUCAUUGGAAAGCUUCAAAUCUUGCCCCCUGGGAAUGGAUGUCCAAACACAGAAGUCAUAGCCUGGAUGAAGAAUAAGUCAGUUAUCUGCUUGAACCCUGGAGCCAAAUGGACACAAAAACUAAUGAGAGUGUCAAGAAAAAGUGCUUUUUCAACUUCACCAGCUCCAAUGUUUAAGAAAACAAUUGCCUGA